GUCUGGGGAUGGGCAGUCUACCCCACACAUGCACAAAGGGUGAGGGGGUACCUACGGCCAAAACACUGGACUAGUCGGAAUUCCGUGGGGGAUCGAACUCAUCUUUCCAUCAACCGAGGGUCUCGUAUAUUCCUUACCUGAUAAUCUCCCAAGGCACACAUCUUCCUUGCCGUAAUAUCACUCUUUAUGCUGGGCGGGACAACGAACUUGCCAACCACACAUCAUAAACAGUUCCAUCUUCUCUUUGAUAGCUUCGCAGCCCUCCCCAGCUAUGCCCGAAAGCCCGACAGAACAGGUGGCUCUCAUUGGUCUGGGAGCCAUCGGCAUCUCAUUCGCGGCCCUCUACCUUCGUUACACGGAAUACAGUGUCAGCGUAUAUGAUACUCGGCCUGAUCUAGAGACGCAUCUCUCAUCCGUACUGCCUGGUUACGUCGACUCUGAUGACACCUCAUUAGGAAUGUCGCAUCUCCGAGAAUCCGGGCGCCUCAAGAUUUUCUCCACACUCGAAGAAGCAUGUCAUAGCGCUACCAUUGUUCAGGAGCAAGGACCCGAGAACUUGAGUUUCAAGCGGUCCAUCUGGCCCAGAAUUGAAAGCGCAUCGCCUAUCAAUGCCCAUUUCUGGAGCUCAACUUCCGGCAUCGCCGCCUCACUACAGAACCAAGACAUGAUCGACAAGACUCGUCUGCUUGUCGUUCAUCCAUUCAACCCGCCACAUAUACUGCCAUUGCUGGAGAUCGUUCCUUCUCCGACGACCAGCCCCAAAGAGGUUGAUUUUGCCAAGAGAUUCUUUACUGAACUGGGUUCCGGUCAUCGCCCGGUGGUGAUUCACAAAGAGCUGCCCGGGUUCGUAGGUAACCGCCUGGCUUUUGCGCUUCUGAGAGAAGCAUGCUCUCUGGUUCAGCAAGACGUGGUCAGCGCGAAAGACCUAGACACAAUAAUGGAGGCGAGUCUAGGACCUCGAUGGGCCGUUCAGGGUGUUUUCAAGUCCUAUAAUCAAGGCGGCGGUGUUGCUGGAAUAGAAGCUUUUUUGAACAAUCUUUCAGGCACCAUACAAAACAUUUGGGAUAGUUCGGAACCUGUAAGGUUUGCUGAAAGAAGCAAAGAGCCAUCCCAGAGAGACGAAGAUGGAGGUUGGGAGAAGAAGAUCGUGGAACAAACCAUUGAGGCAUAUGGCAUGCCCACUCCUGAGCAAUUCCAAGAGCGAGAUGUAAAAUUGAGGAAGGUUUUGGAGGCUCAAAAGAAGUGAAACUUUGAGGAUGGUCCCUGCUGUUGUCAGCUCCCAAUUUACCCUAUCUAUCAUGUGCUCUCCAACUUUGAGUAUUCGGAUUCUUUCGAGCUGCAGCACAAUGUCAACCUGAAC